UGGCACCCCGGCCCACCAAUGGCAGAGCAGAGCCGUGCACCAGUCACAGGCUGCGGGUGAGAGGGGGCGGUGACCUGGGAGCAGCACAAUCAGCUGGCAGCAGCAGCAGCAGGAGAGUGAGCGAGCGGUGUACGGGGCACUAGCCGGUCACCCCAACACCCAGCCCCCACACCGCCCCAGUGCCCCCCCUACACCCGGAUCUCACUCCCCCCAGCGCAGUGCACACUCCCCGGAGCGCCCCCCUCUGGCUGCCCCCGGACACUCUGCCCUCCUCCCAGGAAAAGUUUGGGUAAUCGGAGUCUGAUCGCAGCGUCGCUGGUUCGGAGUGGGGGUUCCUCUCGGAAUGGUGUGGGGUAUCGCUCAGACCCGGCGCCCCUCUCGCAGCUGUAGAUGCCAGUAUGACCGGACUAACCAGCUAGAUGUGCCAGGGACGUGUACAAGCUGCCAAAGAGGGGCCACCGCUCUGCCACGGGCAGCUCACGGGCAUACAGGGAUGCAGAAUAAUCUGGACUCCUUGGGGUUCAUGUAAACCACUUGAGAAGGCCUCCUCACUGGCCCCACCUAUACUUACAAAGCUGCACAGGAGCUCACCACUUCUCCCAGUCUGUCCUGCGAUUUGGAGGAUCAGUCUUGGUGGAUCCAUGAGGCACAUCCAGAUGGACACACCACCCAUGGAGGAGGCAGAUGGAGAGAGCAGCCAGUCUGUACCAGUGGACUCCUCUCCAGGUCAGGCUGGAGUUCUGAAUGCUACUCAGGACUGCAGAGUAGUCGUGGGGUACCCAGAUAAGGAGCACAAACUCCAGAAGGUUUAUCACGUUUCCAUAACAUCGGAUGUGCCUGGGCCCAAAGCCAUUUGCCGCCAAGCCUUGAAGAGAGCACCACCAGAACAGCUUCUAGAACCAGCAAGAAGUCCACGGAGAGCCCUCUGGGGUCACGCCAGGAAUGAUGGCCCCCUUGGUCACUUUCAGCCCGACGAAGAUGAUGAUGAUGACGUUUUUGAGGACGGAUUACUUUCAGAAGAGAUGCCAAUGUGCAGUUCCGCUCAGCAUUUCUCCCAUAGUGGACUGCACGUCACCGAACACAGAGUCGAAGGCUUCCCGUCUAAGGUUCCUCUCGGCAGGCGUUUGAUAGUUCAACCUACACCCAAAGUUGGUCUUAAAAGGACUGACUCCCCCUGCCCUCCACCCUGCACCACUUUGCACAGAAACACCCCAAAAGAAACCCACCUGGGGAACUCUGAAGGACUGUCUACCACCUCUGAAACCAAUGGGGCAAAUAUCUCAAUCGACCCAAAGACUUCAGAGUCUAGCAGUCACCAGCAUUUACUUGAUAUUGUUUUGCACAACACUGCACAUCCGGAGUCCUCAACAGAAAAGUUAGACGAGGUCAGCCUGGGUGGCAGUCGCGGCUAUGCCAAUGGUAACUUGGCUGGUUGUAUAGCGUCUGAAGGCACAUCUGUACCUGGCAAGCCAGAGCAGAUCCUGCAGGCGGCAGAUGGAGAAGACCUGAAUUCUCUAGAGAGGACUCCCCCUGGGCUUGUCCGUCUCUGUGCCUCUGGAAGCAGUAGUAACGCGGUGAAGAGAAAGCUCCUUCCUUCCUCAGAGACUGGGGAAUCUUGUUCUGAAGAUGAAGGACACAGCAAGAGGUGGAGAGGAAGCGAGAGCUGUCAGGCCCUCCAUGGAUCCUGCAGGAGCACAGAUUCCAAGGCUGCACCUUUCUGGAACCAUCUCCUGCCAACGGCUCGGAAUUCUCAGAAGAACCCACCAGACUGCGCCGGUCGGAGGCUAAAGCGAGGACUGCGCUUGAAGUCGAGAGUGUUACGCAGUGCGAGGAAAGGAUCGCCGGGAAGGAACUGUACUGGGAGCUGGGCGACAUCGUGUGUCAGCCGCUCCCUGCUCGGGAACUUUGAGGAGUCCGUUCUGAGAGGCCGAUUCCCUCCCUCCGGUCAGAUUGAAGGAUUUACGGCGGAGAUUGGCGCCAGUGGCUCGUACUGCCCUCAGCACGUCACCCUCCCGGUGGAGGUCACCUACUUCCACAUCUCAGAGCACAGCGCCCCCUCGCCUUUUCUGGGCGUGAUUGAUCUGGAUGGUGUCGGAAGGAAGGGAUACAGCGUCCCCAGCACAGGAACCAUACAAGUGACCUUAUUUAACCCCAACAAGACCGUAGUGAAGAUGUUCCUCGUCACGUAUGACUUCACAGACAUGCCAGCAAAUCACGUGACCUUCCUGCGUCACCGCAUCUUCCUGGUGCCGGUGCAGGAGAAUGACGGGGAAGCCGCCGACGGUCAGGAUAAUGCUGCUAAGGAGAAAGCCAAGAGGAUCCUGUGCUACCUUAUGCACCUGAGGUUUCAGAGAUCAAAGUCUGGGAAGAUUUACUUGAAUGAAGACAUCCGCUUACUCUUCUCCCGCAAGUCCAUCGAGGUGGACACUGGCAUUCCCUACGAACUGAAGUCCUUCACCGAAGCCCCCAAGAACCCCAAAUACUCCCCCCGAGUUUAAGGACUCAGCACUAGAGAGGGGUUCCGGCCUUCCUGCAGACUGCGCACCUUGAUACCCCUGAAGAUUUCGCACAUCUUAUUUAUUACCUGCACCCUGCUAACCCCACCCUUUGAACUUUGUAGCAGUCAACAGUGGCCCCUUAGAAGGUUGAUGGGAUGACAGGAUUGGGGGGGCCCUUUUGGUACACCCGGCUUCCAGCAGUCUGUGGCCUCCAACAAGCCGAGCUGAGAUCUUGUUACCGGACUUAUUAUUUCUACAGCGCAAAGUUAUGAUGGCAAAUGAUAGCGCCGCACAAAGUGCGAACGCUCCGCGCUGAGAGGGCGGAGAUUGUAAAUGACAUGGAUUGUGAGAUGAGUGAGUGGGUGGAUAACACCCGAGAUCGGGCCGAGAUCCGGUAGUUACCUGAGCUGCCGCUGUGCCGGUAUGGAGUUAUGAUGUGUGUCGUGGGAUAUUACAGUACUAUAUACAUCUAUAUCGGUAGGCAGCGUAAUAUGACGGUGGUGGUGCACAGAAAGUACCCCCGCAUACUUUAUAUUAUCUUGUCGCCAGUUUUCAGGUAUUACAGGUCGUCACCUGGUAAAUGUUUUACCCAUGUACCCCGGAGAGAGUGAUAUUAGAGGGUGGAAGUUUUGAUUGAGCGUCCCUCAGUGAUGGGAGUACCUUAACGUGGCUGUGUGGUGAAUUUGGGCAUUUGCGCUUACUAAUUUGCUGUCACAGGUUACUGGUACAAAAGUUUGAUUUUAGAAGGUGCAGUAAGUCCCCGGUAGACUUUUUUUUUUUUUUUACACCGCGUUUUGUGCCUUUUUGUAAAAUGAAGCGGUCAGUCCAUUUAUCCGGGAUGUUCUCCCAUAGCAACGCUGUCUAUUUGCAGAAUUACAUGCAAAGCAAUUGUAUAUUUUAAGUUGUCCUGAGAAGAAGGGUCACCUAACCGCUGUGGCAGGGGCUUUCCCAGGCCCCCCAUAUACAACAUUACAGUGCAAGUCCAGCAAACCCACCCACAUUCUGUUGAAACCCCCACCCCCGCCUUUCUGGGGGCUAAUGGGAGGUGUAGUAUUAUUACUUACCUCUGGCCCUGCUGCUUCCACUCUGCACAAUGUUGUGCAGCGUUUCGAAAUCUCAUUGGUCAUGUGAUAGAAGAGAGCAGAAUGGGCUGCAGACGCGUGUGCCGUUAAGAGGGGUGUUCCUAAGCCUCCAUGCUCAAUGCAUCAAGUCAUCUGACUGUGGUUGCCAUGGUAAUGGAAAAAUAGCAAACUGUUAAUUGCUAUUAGUAGCUUGCAUCAAAACCCUAAGGAUAACUUAGGAUUCGAUCUCACAAGUAACCAGUGUCCUCGAAGGUAAACGUCCCCAAAUUCUGUCACUCGACAGGAAUGUCCUGGGAUCCCGUAAAAGCGAUUAAUGUGAUCACAUAAAUGUAAGUAACCCGAUUUCUUCUUUAUAAGGCAUAAUGGGAAUGGCCAGACCAUGUGACGCUUGGACUAUUAAUUAAACCCCCCCACCCCGUGCACGGUUUACUUUACUGGCAGACGCGUCUAGUCUUCAGUGGUGGUUUGUGAGCUGGUCCGCUGAAACUGGACGCUAGAAAUCCAUCCUUUUACAUGUAAAUUUAUUUUCUGGUUUCUGAAGCUGCGUAAAAAUAACAGCAAAGCAUUCUGGGAGUAUAUCCCAUGCUGGAUAUGGCCCAGUGCGCGGCAGCCAUCAGUAAUCCUAAUACCACAUCUUAUCUACGGUCCGUUCGCUAACAGCCAAUCAGUGACCUCAGUUCAGUGAGACCCACCGUGCCCCAGCGAAUCGAUAGGCUACAGUCUUGAAACUCUGGAACCCAAUGUUCCUAUGUGACAGAUGACCUUACAGUCUGGCAUUGACCACACACACACACACAAGACGCGUUCGCACAGGAUUCUGGGUGCAUAGCGAUCUCUUUAGCUGUUGCCGUUCUGCUCUGGCAUUUGUAAAAAAACAAAUAAGUUUCUUAGUAGGAAAGAUAAAACACAGAGAGGUUUUGUCCCCAUAAAUCCAUUGCACAAAAAAAAUGGGUCACAAAUGCGUGCCAAAAAAAAUCACCCCCUGUUAUCCUGCUGCUGCCUAACCGCGUCCGCAUGGGGCGCUUUAGGGCUUCCUAAAUAAACUAGCCGUGUACCCACAUAGUGGGUUUUUAUAUUUGAAUGCUGCCUAUUCUGUAAGGAUAAAAGGUUAAAUCCUAACUGCGAUUAGGAACUGUCCCAAGCACAUAAUAAUUGCCAUUAGUCGGGCAUGCUGAGACUUAUAGUUCGAGAGCUAUAGGUUGUCUACUUCUGCUGUAAACUCCCCCUAACAGUAGAGCAUGACAGGAGCUUCCAUAAUACAUUGGAAACAUAUAUAUAUAUAUAUAUAUAUAUAUAUAUAAAAUGGGAAAAGUGACCAGUGCGUCCGUGUAACUGUAUUUUGGUUUUGCUAAGCCAGGCCCUCAGAGCGCGUUUGCGUCAUUCAGUGCUGACUUCGGACGAGUGUAAUCUGUUCACGUCUGACCUGAUUUCCUCCCCUGAUGGCCUUUGCGUUGUUUCAUAUUCUGUCAUUUAAACUUGUUCAAAUAUUUUCAUUAAAAUGGGAAUUUUCAAAGUAAAA